AUGGACUCGGUAUUCUCGGAUGAGGAUCUCAUCCAGCUUUCCUUCCUCCGCGACGAGGAAGUCGACAGCCUCGUGCUAACCGGGGAUCUCGACGAAGAAUGCCGCCUCGACUCCCCACUAGAGAAGGCCGUAGCCUUCAAGUUCCCCGAAAUCAUCCUCCACGUGAACCCGGGGCCCUACUACCCCGUCCUCCUCGGCUCCGAGGGCUUCUUCACCAUCGAAAACAUACAAAUGAGCCGCGUGCCCUGCGACGCCCUGCGCGCCCGCCUCCUCCACAUCUACGACGAAGCCCUCCAGACCAACACCCUCUCCAUGUGGGAGGCGCGAGACGACCUCGACCCCUACGGCCUCUUCGAGCGGGCCAUGGUCGUCUCGCAGCUCGUCGAGGCCACCCGCGACUCCCUCGUCCAAUACCGCGCGGCAGCCGAGGAGAAUCUCGUCAAGUUCCACUCCUUCCUCCCGGACCAGGACCGCGUCGAGGAGGCCGUUAUCCAGCAGAAGCGGCUCGGCGAAAUCCGUUCCUCGAGCGAGAUGGCGCGCGAGCUCGUCGGCUCGCCCGCCGACGUCAUCAAGCACAUCCCGAGCGACAUGCGCGUUCUCCACGUGGAGGAGGUGAUUCGGAAUAAGCUGGCGUCUCGGUUCUACGAGGCCAGAGACGCCAUGUACCAGAAACUCUACAAGAUGGGCCGCCAUUCCCUGUCUCAGUACAUGCCUCCCGGCGUCGCCGUGCGGCGCGCCGAGGACGCCGUCGACCACGUCAUCAAGCCGCGGCUCACCUUCCACGGCACCCGCCGCGCCAACGUCCCCUUCAUCGUCCAGCACGGCUUUCUCCUGCCCGGCACUCCCGUCCCGUCCGGGUCCAAGAAUAAAAAGAUUGCACCGCAGAUUCACCGCGUCCAGCAGGGCGCCACCUACGGCCAAGGCAUCUACUCGUCCCCCAACGCCGAAUUCUCCCUGGAUUAUUCCGGAUGGUACUGCGAUCCGACGCCGCCGGGAGAGUACUUUGGCCUCAAGCUCAUCGUCUGCGCCACCCUCAUGGGUCGGUUUGCGAGGGUGGACCGGUCCCACGAGUUGCGCGAGACCACGGAGCCCUUGCCCAACAGAGACUCCCACAUGGCCAACCGAGAUCUAGAAUACAUUGUCUUCAACGCGGCGCACAUACUACCCGUCUACGUCAUCCAUCUCGACUGGGGCGUGGACAACAAGCUGCACUACAUCCCCAUGAAUCGAUGGGAGUGGUUCGCCCCCUCCCACAACGGCCCCAGGGCCGGCAGCGAUCUCAACCCUACCAUGGCAGGCGCUUCCGGCAUGGCUCCAGGUGACCGUCAGCGGGCCAAGGAGGCAGUCAUGGCGCGCGCGCUCAAGUGGUUCCCCUACGGCUUCGGCCCCAAGACCAAGGGCAACUUUGUCGUAGAGGACGUCGGCGAGGUGAGCGAGGACGAGGAGGACUAUGGCGAGUACCAGAGCAUGAGGCUGGACGAGGGCACCACCGCCGCGGGAGGCACCGAUUACUGGAGCUGGGUAAAGGCGGCAUCGCUCGAAAACGGCGACCAGGAUUCGCCCCACGCGGCUGCGGCGUUGGACGAGUACAGCCAGGAUCGUUUGGCGAAAACGUAUGCGCCUACCACGGUGAAAUGGGACCAUAUUCUCCUACCUGGGGAAACGAGGGAGGAGGACCCCGGUAUCCCUGAGUGGUUUGCCGCUGAGAUGAGCUGA